GUUUAUUUACAUUCAUAAAAUCUGCUCUGCUGGUACCUGUAAUAGAAGAACGCCGAAGAAAAGAAGUGAUUAGAAUUCCAGGAUUACCUCUCCACGGUGAGAACGAGAUUUAAUAAAGGACCCUAUCUGUGACAACCCCUGAUCAUCAUAUCAGUAAACAACAUGGGAUGUUCUGAAAUGACCGUGUCCUCGUUAUCUACUGGUCAGAUGCCCCCGUCCCUACCCCCAGCGACCCCUGCCUUGCCCCGGGCAGACUGUGUCUCUUUGUGUUUCCUCAGUGCAUACUGUACCACAAUGUUCUACAACAAGGAAACCAAGUCUUGUCAUCUGAUGGAAGGCUUCAAACAGACACAGCUGGUUGCCACCUCCGAGCCCAUUGAACACCUGGUGUUGGGUAAAGCUCCUUGCCCAGUCAAGUCAGGUUAUCUAUACAGCCGGAGACUGAACAUGUGUUACAAGAAGCACACCGACCUUAAAGAGUGGCCUGACGCCAAGACAGCAUGCUCAGCAGUGGGGAGCUACCUCGUCAUCAUCAACAGCGCUGAACGGAACCAAUUCAUGUACGACAUUGCGGCAGAUAUAGGGUCGUUUUGGACGAGCGGGAAUAUACUGGAAUCAUCAUGGAGAUGGGGAGACAACUCUUCAAUUGUUGAGCCCACAUUCUGGAGCCCCGGGGAACUCGAUCAAUUUGAAGCCCAAAAAUGUCUGACCUUCUGGGACCCGAGCCUUCCCAACAGCUGGCACACCGCUCCAUGCAGUUACCGUGUGCCCUUUGUCUGUGAACUAGCGAUGUAGACAGUUGCUGACACACAUUAAAGUGAUCUACUAUUUAAUAUUCUUGUGAUAUGUUUGGAUUAUCCCCCUGACUAUGUAACUGGCAUAAUCGUAACUGUCUCGCUAAACAAAACUGAAGGAAUGCUGUUGCGUCCUUCAGUGAUGCUGGGAUUCGCUGAUCGUCUGUUCGAAUCCCAAAUUCGUCCUGACAAUAUUUGUCCUGAUUUUGAUCCUUACUGAGACAGAAUCAUACCCGUGGUUGGUUCAGAACAAGUCCCCAAACUUCACUUGAUGAGCCCAUAUUCUGGAAGAACCGGACGUUGAUAGUGCAGCCCAACAAUGUCUGGCCUUCUGGGACCCGAGCCUCUCCAACAACUGAAAAUUUAGUAACUGUUACAGACAUAUGAAGGGCCAUGUCUAAGAAAAGGCUGUGUAGAAACCUUUGUGCUUCAGUAACAUACGUGUGAGGCGUCAUAUAUAGUUAUACAGCAAAUGGACGGGACCCCCAAACAGUUCGUUAUAUCCGUCUGUUCGGUAUAAGCGUGUUCGUUAUAAACGUAGUUUACUGUACUUCAAUAUAUUUGUAAUUUGCGAAAGCCAUUAUCUGUUGAAGAAAAGCACACGAGAGUUUAAAACCCCUCCUCUAUUAUCAGUCAAUCAAUACUCAACAACAAAAGUUCUUGUGACCAAUAUUUUAAUGUAUUUUUCAAACAAGUAAAGUUCGGUUUUCAAUAUUGUAGUACCUGUAGGUCAAUUCCUACAGAAAAGCAUGCAU